UCCUUGUCUCCUCCCCUCACCCUUCCCAAUGCUACGACCGCAUGCUGCAUGCACAUGUGCAUGCUCGACUUCAAGACUAGCGCGACGAGCAGCACCCAUCUCGCGAGCGCGCGCCACCCCCACCCGACGCGCCAACUCAACGUACACCGCGCUGCACUUCUACCAGAAUAAGCAGCUCGAGGCGUACGCCUCUAAGGAGACCAAGCGGCUGACGCUGCGCCAGCUGGUCUUCUUCGGGCGGUCCAUGAACACAGACCGCCUCUUGACGAGCGCAAACUAUGUGCGGACAGAACUACCAGUGCGCAUCGCGCACCGCAUACGCGAUCUGCAAGCUCUGCCAUACGUCGUCGUCACGCAGGAGGGGAUCGCGCGUGUGUAUGAGCUGUACUGGGAAGCCUUUGAGAGAUUUCGCAAAUAUCCUCCAAUAAACACGCUCGAAGAGAACAACGAGUUCUGCAGAUUCCUCGCAGGCCUCCUCAAUGAUCAUGCUACCGUCAUCCCCCUCCUCUCCCUCGGCCUCUCCCUCUCCUCCCCCUACAUGUCUCCCGACGCCCUCGACGCCUUCAUGAAGCGCAUGCUCGUCUCCCGCAUCUCCCGCCGCGUUCUCGCCGAGCACCACAUCGCGCUCACGAACAACUUCAACGGCCACCGCCUCUACGCGCGCGACCCGCACGUCGGCGUCAUCUUCACCGGGCUCAACGUCGCGCGCUCCGUUGAGCACUGCGCGAAGCUUCUGAGGCGGAGACCGACCGAGCGCGGCUGGCCGGAGGUGCAUCUGAGCGGGCACAUGGACACGAAGUUUGCGUAUAUCCGCGAGCAUUUGGAGUAUGUGGUGUUUGAGCUCCUGAAGAAUUCGAUGCGCGCUACCGUCGAGACGCAUCCCGACACGAAUCACUUCCCGCCGAUCCAUGCUACCAUCGUCGCCGGCGAGCACGACGUCGGCAUCCGCAUAUCAGACCAAGGUGGCGGCCUGCUCACCCCACACACCCGCGUCUCGAGCCCCGCCGACCUCUUCUCCUUCUCCCAUGUGCGUAACGGCGUGCGCCUCGAGUCCUCGCGCAUCGGCGCGCUGAGGGAGCUCGGGUCGAGCCCGCAGGGCGUGUGGGCGACGACGCGGGAGCAGCGCGGCGAAACGGGAGAGGAUGUGGAGGAUGAGGGGGUAGAGAGCGUUGGUGCAGGCGCGGACGGACUAGUGCAAACACCGUCAAAUUCCUCCGCGGUCGACUCGCCCGCGAAGGCGGACGACCCGGAGAGGAGAGGGGGGAUCGCGCCGCACCCGAGGAUCGGGAUUGGCCUGCCGAUGAGUAAGAUUUUUGCGACCUAUUUCGGCGGCUCGCUGGACAUGGUCUCGCUGGAUGGAUGGGGAACCGACGCAUACCUUCGACUGCCCAAGUUGGGUACAAAUCUAGAGGGUAUAGAAGUAUAGGUCGCGGUAUGCGGUGACCUCGAUUGCCAAGACUAAAUCAACGACUCGACUCGGACAAGAUAUCUUGUAUACAAUCUCCAGCAUGCACCUGAAGUCAAGAUACGUAUAUCUGCUCUACUAAUGCACCAGCGCUCGUCGCUGCAAUGUACAAUCGAAACAUGCUCAUCGCUCAAGGACUCGUGGCUGAGGGUGGACUUGUGUGUGGAUG